AUGCAUCAAAAUGUUAAGACCAUAGCUGCUGGCUUGAUGCUCAUGGUAGUGUGUGCACACUCAUCUCCACAAUCUGUGCUUCUGGCUCUUGUCACAACAACUAUUUGCUCUGCCGCCAUCAUCUUGUUUGCUACUCAGACCACGUUUGACAUUACCAGCUACAUGUUCCUCAUUUUCGCCGGUGGAAUGGCCGUAGUAAUUUUUGGUAUUGGAGUUGCAAUUCUUAGUCUAUUCGUGUAUAUUAAGGUACGUUUUUCCCAAAACAGUGCCUAUAUAAGCUAUUUGGAAGUUCUA